AUGGACACGUCCAGAGUGGUCGCUGGCUCUGGCACGGUGCUGCAAGUUGGUAUCUGCUCUUCUGUCAACGGUGUGCCGAACUGCACCAAAUCCGACCUUCUUGACACUGUCCCCAUAGACAAGAUCCAAUCGAGAGCUGAGUUGGAAUGGUCCCCUUCGUCACCGAUUGUCCUGGAUCCGGCGACCCUUUACUGGGUUGCCGUCUCCUCCAACGCGGACGACUUCUCAAAUGCACCACGGUGGUGGUUCGGUGCCAAUACGUACAACAACGACAACGACCCAAAGAAAGACUUCGUGUACGCGACCACCGACUCCCCAAAUGGCCGAUGGUUUCCCAAUUCUGACGAGGAAAACCGCAUCGUGGGCGCGAUGAAAGUAGUCGGCAAAUAA